AAAAAAGUCUUUGAGAUAGCUACAAAAAUCUUGCCGUUUUAUUUGACUCGCCUAGAUUUUAGGUUUUUUACACAACGAGAACAUUUCUGUUUACCUACACACUACGCAGCGAGAAAUGUCCGGCGAAUCGGCGGUUACGGCUAUGGAGACAACGGAGAGGGCGACGGCGAACCAAAGUUCCUUUAAAAAUAACUCGAAUAACGGCGAUACAACAGAUAUGGAGCUCCAGAUUCUUGCAGCUAUGCGAUCCCGCGUGACCUACCUCAGAAACAAAGCAGACUCGGUGACCUUCGCGAGUGUGCGGAGGCUUCUGGAGGAAGACAUGGGAUUGGAGAAAUAUGCGUUGGAUGCGCAUAAGAGCUUUGUCAAAGACAAUUUGGUUAAGUGCUUAGAGGAUCCUGGUGAUGCUGAUGGCGCUUCAGAAAACCCUCAGGAAACUGAGAAGAAAGAUGAUUUGACUCCAGUCAAAGAAGAAGCAGUUGCUUCGGAAGAGCAAGAGCAAGAGCAAGAGGUGAAGAACGAUGUAAGGGAAGAAACUGUUGGUGAUGAGGGGAAUAGAGAAGCCCUGAUGAGUGAUAUAAAGAGAGCCCUUCACAAAAGAGCGUCUUAUAUUAAGGCUAAUUCAGAGGAAAUUACAAUGGCUUCACUUCGUCGACUUUUGGAGGAAGAUCUUAAACUAAAGAAAGAUUCUCUUGUUCCCUUCAAGAAGUUCAUCAACAAAGAACUAGAUGCUGUGCUACAAAUUCCUGACCCUCCUAAGAAAAAGGUCAAGAGCACAGCAUCUAAGAAGGUUGGCAGUGAAGAUGAUUCUGAUUCAGAUUCUGGGGAAGUGGCUGUGAAGAAGGCUCUGACCCAGAAAAGAAAACGAAAAAUUGAUAGUGGCAAACCGGUGGCUGGGAAAAAGAAAGCAAAACAUACGGAAGCAGAUUCAGAGAACGAUAGUGAUGCAGGAGAUAGUGAAAUGAAGGCAGAAAAACCGUUGAAGCAGGGAAAGGAGACUGCAAUAACUGUGUAUGGAAAGCGUGUCGACCAUCUCAAAUCGGUCAUCAAAUCUUGUGGGAUGAGUAUUCCUCCUGUCAUAUACAGGAAAGUCAAGCAGGCUCCUGAAGAGAAACGUGAGGCUACUUUAAUAGAAGAACUUGAGCAGAUACUCGCCAAAGAAGGGCUGUCUUCAGAUCCUUCAGAGAAAGAGAUCAAAGAGGUGAAGAAAAAGAAAGAAAGAUCAAAAGAGCUUGAGGGUAUUGAUACAAGCAACAUUGUAUCGAGUUCAAGAAGAAGAUCUGCCACAAGUUUUGCACCUCCUCCAAAGCCGAAAAUAACAAGUGAAAGCGAGAGUGACGAAGAAGAGUCCGAGAAUGGAGAGGAUAACGAAGAAGAGGAAGAGGAAGGUAAUGAAGAAACGGGGGAAGGAAGCCAAAGCGAAGAAGAAUCAAACAACGAGGAUGAUGGUGGAGAGGAAAGCGAAUGAUUUGUAUGCUUGCUAGUGUUCUACCGUAAGAAAUCCAUCAUCCAUUAGCUAAAAUCUGUCUGUAUCUGCUACUGUAGUGACAUUUUGUUCCUUUUUUAAAUUUUCUGUAGCAAAUGGAUUUGAACACAAGUUGGAUAAAGGAAAGACACUAGAGACUAGGAUGAAUAUUAAGCA